CGUCAAGAUGGCGGGAAGGUGGGACGCGUUUCAGGGUCUUCCUCACGGAUGGGAAGUUCGUUUUGACGGCAGAACGGGAAGAUAUUACUUCAUUGACCAUAUCAACAAACAAACAUCAUGGGAGGAUCCUCGGUUGAAGUCCUGCCCCCCUCCUCCCCCCCACCCCGAGACACUGCCUGCCGAGCUGAGGACCCAGCAGGAGAACCAGAGCCAUCCUUUGCACCAGAAUGUGACAAAUACCUCAGGGGUAGGUGGGAUGACGCACCAGACAGCAGGCAUUGACAGUGGAAAGUUAGGAGGGCCGCGGGGCUCUGACACUUCAGCUGGAUUUGGACUCACUGCUCAACAGGAAAGUGGCUUGCUAGAGGCUGUAGAGCAUUCUCAGCUUGCAAUUGCGAAGAUCUCUGCGAUGUUUCCGACAGUCCCAGAAUCUCACAUCAAGGAUCUUAUGAGAAAGUAUCAUAAUAGAGAGGCUGUAGUCAUCAGUGCUCUCCAGGUGCAAAAGCAUCCACUUGCCACCCCAGGACCUUAUGGUACAUUCACUCCUCCUCCAAUGCGGCAUUUCAUACCAACUGCAACAGCCCUCAUGGCUCUUCAGAGCACAAAGACAUCAGUGAACACCACAGGUAUGGCAGAUGUAUCAGCUACAGAUUUUACUUCCGGUACAGCAACAACAGCAAUCACAUCUGAGGACAAAGUAAGCACUCAGAUUCAUACCACCGCUACAAGUAAUGGCACCAGUGUAACCACCACGCUUACUGAUCAGCCAGCUUUAACUUCACUUGCCGAUCGAGUUCCAUACCGCCCAAUCUAUGAGCGUGCACGAGGAACUCAUCUCCUGGAGGAGAAAACAAGAAGAUCUCCUUUGGUAGGACAAAGAGGAUCAGUGGAAAAGUCUGCUGGAUCUCCCAAAAGGAGACAUGGUUCCACAGAUAGAUCUGUUGGUUCACAAAGGCUGGGACAGGGGUCCCUAGAACGAUCUAUAGGUUCCCCCUUCCUGGGCAGGGACUCACCCCUUUUAUCAUCACGAGCAUCCUCUCCUCACACUUUCAUGGAUGGCUCUCCUCGACCGACCACACGAUCUGUUUCAGAAUUUACACGAUCUCUGAUGGGAUCUCCACGACCAUAUUCCCCUCGAUCGACCCCCCACUCUCCCAAGAUUAAGCUCAGGUAUCUUAAGGGAAUAUUCCCCAAGGUAGAACCCACCAUCAUCUUAGAUAUCCUGACGCAAUGUAAUUACAAUGUCAAGGAUGCAUCAGAGAAGUUGGUGGAGAUGGGGCAUGAAAAGAAGGACAUAUCACUGGCCCCUCCGAAGCUGAAGGACCGACCAGACGGAAAGGAAAACAAGGCCAUUCCAAAGCCGUCGCCCGGACCCCCACGGCCUAAGAACUUGAGCGAGAAGCACAAGAAGAAAGUGCGCAACCAACUCAUUUCGGAUUAUCCGGACAUCACACCAACUGUUGUAACAAUGGCACUUCAGUCAGUCUUUUAUGAGGAGGAGCGGGCUCGGCAGGUCCUUGCAAAUAUGGCUGAGACGGAACGCAAGACUCAAGAGACUCUUGCUAGCACAACUCCUCAAAUGUCAAGGCGUUCUGAGACCAAAGAUGUUAAUCUUAAUGUUAUUGGCUCUCCACCAAUGACAAGACGAGAAGGUGUAAAAGCAUCAAGACCAACCUUGCCACGAACGAGAAUCAACACUGCUUGGACAGCAGCUCAAAC